AUGUCAAGGUUUGAAACAAGAGGAUUUUUAGUCUACAAAGUCUCACACAAUGGAUGUGGUACCUUUACAACUAUACAAGAAGCUAUAGAAGCAAUUCCAACUUCAAACCGAAGCAAGAAGCUCAUACUUGUUGAUUCCGGUGUCUACAAGGAGAGGGUUAUUGUUCAUGAGAACAAGACCAACAUCUUGAUGCAAGGGAUGGGUUACUUAAACACAUCAGUGGAGUGGAAUAACACGGCAGCUACUUCGAAUGGCACUUUCGAAAGUUUCUCGGUUGCAAUACUUGGAGAAAAAUUCACGGCCAAAAAUAUAAGUUUCAAGAACACCGCACCGGAACCAGAGCCUGGUGUGGAAGGUGCACAAGCGGUAGCCUUGAGGAUCGAGGGAGAUCAUGCGGCUUUCUAUGGGUGCGGGUUCUACGGGGCUCAAGACACGCUUCUCGAUGGUCAUGGAAAACAUUUCUUCAACAACUGUUUUAUCCAAGGCUCUAUUGACUUCAUCUUCGGCAAUGCAAGAUCCCUCUACAUGGACUGUACAAUCGUGUCGACUGCGAAAGAGUCAAGCGGAGGGAUUACGGGAUAUAUCACAGCCCAUGGAAGAAUUUCAGAAGAUGAGAAGAGUGGAUUCUCGUUCGUCAACUGCAAAAUAAGCGGAACCGGGAAGGUCUUGCUUGGACGAGCAUGGAGACCCUAUGCGACUGUCGUGUUUUCAAACACGUACAUGUCACAAAUCAUCUCUCCAGAAGGAUGGAACGAUUGGGGCAAUCGAACUUGGGAGGAGACGGUCUAUUUCGGAGAGCAUAGAAGCUACGGGGAAGGAGCAGAGUACAAAGACAGAGUUUCAUACAGUAAACAACUAACCGACUCUGAAGCAGCUUCAUUCACGAGCAUCUCUUACAUAGAUGGAGACAAGUGGCUUAAUCAAACUGACCUACCUCUCCACGGUUAA